AUGGGUAGCGCUAUCUCAUCUCCAAACAAUAACACGGAUUCAGACGACUGCCUCAGACUCGUCCUGUACGCCUUACCCAUCUUGAGGGAGCUCAUCACAUACUUGGAGAAAGAUUUGAGCCCGCGCGAUAGACGAUAUGGGUAUAUGGGUAAUAUAUACACGGCCUCUACGGUACUAAAUGGCCAUCUUGGCGCCAUCGAAGAAGCCCAAAAGACACUCUGGUUCGCAGGCCAGAUCGCGAGCUUGGCCGACUUACUUGAAGAGGUCUUUGACAAGGUCGUCGAUUUUACGCCACUCCAAAAGGAAAUUCAAUCUCAUGACUCACCAUGCAGGCAUCCUCGGCUUCAAGCUAUGCAAAGGCUUGUCCCCAAGUCUGACAACUGGAAAGAAAGAGUAGCAAGUUUACAUAUUAUCCCUAUCAGAAACCAACUGAUUGCGUGGGAAUCUCUGCAAGACGCCUUGGAGAGGCUGUCGGAUGAGCUUCAACGAUUCGGAGAAGAUGCACCUGGCAUUGACAGACCUCAACUACCUCUUACUUCCCGGGGAGCAUCGGAUGAAUUCGUUGCAUUUGCCGAUCGCGUCUUUUCCUCGAUGCACAUAACGUGUAACAGAUGCGGAAGUGCACCUCAGCGUGAAGUGAGGCUGAGGAUAGGAACCUACAGAAAGGGGAAACGACGUGAAGACCAAGAGGUGAGCUGCUUGAGUAUGUUGCUCGCCCCCGAUGCAGCUGAACACAACUGGAAUGAAGUCUCUGUUCACAACAUUCAACAACCGAGACGAAAAGCAAAGGUCGGAUUUACUGGGCUAGAGGGGAUACCAAAGUCCACAGAAAUAUGGCGAAUUGACAAUCCAAAGACCUAUCAAUGCAUUUGCGCCCUCUUAGAUACUCAUUCAAAAUCCAGAUCCGAGUUCUGGAGACUGAACAUAAUCUUGGAUCCUGCAGGUGACGGCAUGCAGAGCCAUAAGCCCGACGAGAGAAAACACAAGCGUGAAACGUUACAACAAGAAGUGAACCUCAACACUCUAAUAGCAUCUCAAGCCAAACGAUGGACAGCAAUGGCGAAAUUUACGCUCAGUCUUACCCUCUGCUACUCCCUUUUCCAUUUCUAUGGUGGAUCCUGGACGAAAGAGCGAUGGAGCCGAAAGAAUAUUGUAUUCUUCGGGGACGGUACACAAUUCCCUCUGCGGCCUUUUCUAUCAUCUGAUCCUCAAAGGUUGGGCGGUCCAUUGUAUGAUCCGGAUGGUUAUCACAAGUAUCCAGAAUUCCUCGAACUCGGCGUGAUUCUGCUGGAGAUCCAUCUUGGGCAGAAAUUGGAAUCAUACCUGGGGUACGAGGAAGACAUCACCAACUACGACGAUCUCUGGUGCAAGGCCUUGGAGCUAUUCAAGGAACUACGGCCUGAUUUUAUCUCGACAGUUUAUCGGGAUGCAAUUCAAAAAUGUCUGAUGGCAAACUUUUCUAUCAGUGACACGUGUGAUGAGCAGAUGCUGCGAGAAUCUCUUUUCAACGAUAUCGUAAAGCCUCUCGAAGCAGAAGUCGGAACGAUCUUUAAAGAGUUCUUGUCGAUGGAUGCCCUUGAUGAAGAAGCAGAGAGGAAAAUUAACCUUGGAUCAAAGCUACACAAUAUGUACCGUCACCCUCAUGCUGAAAUCACCAAAACACUCUCUCCCCAACCAAGUUAUGAUGAUCCUUCUUCCCUCCUCAACAAGCAACGCACAUCACCCCAGCCUCAAAAGACCAUUCUUACCAUCUCUACGAUUCAUCCACGCCCAAAUUCCCGCGACGAUUUCGAAAUCGCAAUCGUCUGCGCGUUACCGCUCGAAUACGACGCUGUCUGCAUUCUCAUUGACGAGUUCUGGGAUGAGGAAGGCGAUCAGUAUGGAAAGGCUAUGCGAGAUCCAAACAUAUAUACAACCGGGAGGAUGGGAAACCAUAAUAUUGUUCUAGUACUUCUACCUGACAUGGGAAAAGUCGGUGCCGCCAGCGCAGCUGCAAGUCUUCGCUUGAGCUUUCCAGAAGUGAAGCUUCUCUUGCUAACCGGCAUAUGCGGUGGCGUGCCCAGCCCUGGAACUGCAAAAGAGCUUGUUCUUGGAGACGUCGUUCUGAGUACAUCUGUCUUUCAGUACGAUUUCGGGAGGCGUCACGGCGAUAAGUUCGUGCCCAAAGACACCUCAACGGACAGUCUUGGAAGGCCUAGCAAAGACAUUCGAAGUCUGCUCAAAAUCUGCGACACAAACCGCGGGAAGAAACAACUUGAGAAGCAGUCAGCCUUCUACCUGGAACAUAUACAGAACAGCGCCUUCACAGAGCACUCUAUAGAACAAUAUCUGUGUCCAGGCGCUGCAAACGACAAACUAUUUGAGGCUACCUACGUCCACAAACACUGCAUCGACCCGCAGUGCCUCUGCAAGAAUCCUCACGAGACUUGUGAGAAUUCUCGAAAAUUAUCUUGCCAUGAAUUACGAUGCAACGAGAAAUUCCUGGUUGAAAGGCGUCGGGUAAAGCACAAGCUUCACUUAGAACAACAAGGACGUAGCAAGGAGGCUCAAGCGCCUGCGAUAUUUCUCGGAUCCAUAGGAUCAGGAGACACGGUAAUGAGAUCUAGUGAAGACCGCGAUCGAAUCGCCGAAGAAUACGACCUUAUCGCUUUUGAGAUGGAAGGGGCGGGCGCUUGGGAUGAGCUCCCUUGCAUUGUUGUGAAGGGCAUUUGUGACUAUGCUGAUAGCCACAAGAAUAAGACGUGGCAGCAUUUUGCUGCUGCUACGGCAGCGUCUGUUAUGAAAGCGCUUCUUGAGAAAUAUACUUAG